AAUCGGUUCAUCUGGAUAUGUUUCUUGACAGAUACUGAUUCAAACUUCUUCCAUUUUCUUACCUGGAUUAUGCAUAAAGACAUGACAAGUAACUGUUUUCACUGUGUUGCCGCAUCGUUCACCGCACUUGACUAAUGUAAACCACUAACAGCCACCCACCCGCCCUGCUUUUGUGUCUGCAUGUCUGGCAUAACUAAAGACAGUACCGGCAGUCCUGCUUCACCGACUCUGCACCGUCACACACUCGCCUGCCUCCACCGAGGAGACAGACAGCACCACUUGUCCUCUGCCACCAGGUGGCAGUAUUUCACCUCUGACGAUCAGUCAGACUAUGCUGGGCAUCAGACCGGAUGGCCCAGGGAGGUAGCCAAUCAGAGAACCACCACAAGGUCAAGUGAAGGAAACAGAGACUCCAUUUGGCCAACUGGAAAUGAAGCCAGAGAGCCUUUGAGCGACGGCUCUGAGGACUCGGACACAGUAUUCUUUGAGCAGCUCCCUGCCGGCUCCCACAGAAGGGAUAAAAGGGUCAACACGAGCCCUUGUAGGCGUCAAACGUCUCGCCAUGAUCCACCAGAGAGCGACUCCAGAGGUCUUCACCACAGGGGGAAGUGCAGAGAUGGGGAGGGGGACCAAGGCCAAUGGGAGGAGGAGUAUGAACACCGUGAUGACCCGAAGGAGAGGCGCGCAAGGCGUCCAGAGUGCAGAAGGAGGCGUAGGGAUGAAUUUGAAGGCUGGCACAGAGACGGGGAUUAUGACAGGGAUUCAAGGUCCAGAGAGGGAAUGGAGAGGCAAAGCAGCCUUGGUAACCCUAUCGGACUCCAGGACAGGGACGGACGCAGGGACAAAGACUUAUCAAGGACCUGGACCUACAGGGAGAACCCCAACAAACACGUCCACUUUCAGGAUGACGGCUGGCGCUACGAGGGUUUGCGCAGCGAUAGCAGCCAAGUCUGGGAGAUGCUGGGCCAGGUCCUCAGAGAGAGGGGUGUGGCUGUGCGACACGCCACCCACGGGGCUCCAUUGCAAACGAGACCUCAGAGGAGAGGCAGCCAGAUGCAGCCCGAGAGCGAAUCAUCAUGUGACGGCUCCCAACUGCAUCCGAGGGCCUUCCAGAGGUUUGCCGCCACCCGGCACAGUUACCAUGGCGAUGUCAGAGAGAGGAGGAGACUGUCGCACCGAGAGAACCGCGAGAAGUCUUUCGGAGAAGAUCUACCUGAAGAGCGACUCAGCGAGAGUCUGGUGAUUGAGGAGGCUCAUGGAGCCGAAGUCGAUGAGGAGCCCAGUAGAGAUUCAGAUUUGGCAAACAGAAGAGAGAGGAGACGCAGCAGGAGGUGGAGUAGAGGUGUCUUUGGGCACAAGGAUGAAGAGAGGCAAGAAGACGGCAGGUCCCAUCAGGAUGGCCGGGUCAUGAGGAGCGCAAGUGAGCGCUGGCGUUGUCAUAAGGAAAUUGAGGAAAGGCCGAGCUCGGAGGAAUGCAAGGUGAGGAGGCACCAUCUUAGAGCUCCACAGAGUAGCCAGAGCCUCAGCAGCAGCGGCGGCGGCGGCGAGGCCUCGGCCGGGUCACGACACACACCCGCAGGAAGGACCUGUCAGCCACAGUCAAGGAGGGCUUGUCUGGACCUGGGGGAUCUCCACCAGGUCUUGGAGGAUGAAGAACUAGCCCGCAGGCUGCAGGAGGAAGAGGACCAGCUGUUGAGGAGGAGCCCUCAGCCUUGCUCUUCUUCACGCCGUUCCAACCCCGAGGGAGACUUCAGAGUUGCACAAGUUGCUCAGGAUGAGGUAGGACGGUUAUUCAAGUACAAGGAGAUUGCACGGUUCAUGCAGAAGCAAGAAAUAAAGUCAAAACGGAGGUCCCGUGAGCUGGAAGGCCCGGCGUCAUGGCGAGAACAUCGAGAAAUGAUGGAGCACCACCGUGCUGGGCGGCAUACCACGGAAAGACGGGUCCAGCGGGAGAGACUAGACUCUGAGGGCCUUCCUUCCCCUAUAGAGGACUACUCUGCAGAAAACCAGCCCCCGAGCCCGGUCUCCACCUUACCACAAACCCAGCAGAUCAGAAACGUUGCUGAGGAGCUGGACCCAACCUUCAAGGUUAAGAGGCAGGACAAGGAGAGCCUCAGAGAGGGACUAACAGGCCCGGCCUGUCAGUCACUUCCUGUCGGCCAGUCAGGCUUACGUGAUUUACUUGAGGAGCCAGCCUUCAUCCCACCCACCAAGCGGCAGAGUGAUAAGUCGGGACGCAGCAAACCCAAAGAGAAGAAGGAGAACUGUAAACAGCAGUGAGCCCCCCGGCCCGGGGGUGGUCGACCCUCCCCGAGCUCAGAGAGCAACGCUCGAGACGUUUGGUCAACGCUUGGACCGGGUCGCUCUCGCCCAACUUGGCCUGGUUCUGAGAGGAAUUUGAACAGCCCGUUCUCGGUCCCCGCUGUCCCCGGUGGCACUUUAGCCAGCCGAUAGAGGCGAUCUGCUCAAGUACUGCUCGCCGAGCUGCCUGGGGCGUAUGUACCGCCGCAAUACUGAGGGCUCGCGCUUCUGUGAAACUCCGAGCGACAACCCCUUGGUGUACUGAAGUAUUCGCUCGAGACUUCGGCGUUGACGAGUGAUAUUGUAUAUAUCUUUUUUAUCUGUACUGUAACUUAUUAUAAGUCUUUAUUUAGAUGCAUGGGAGGUGCACGCUAAGCAGCCAAGCCGUUUCACUUGUCUGUGGAUCCCCCCCCUCCUCCUCCUCCUCCUCCCCCCCCUCCAAUUAGCUCUUGAAAUCUUGUUCAGAGACGGCCACAGGGAACUCUUGUGUAGCUACGUAGUAGCGUCACUUGGAUUUUACUGUCAAGGGAAGGGACUUCCCUGCUUACUCAACUGGCGCCGACAUUUAAAUUGCGGCACGAACUGUGUGUCCUCUUAAACACACCAAAUUACUGUGAGAGGCAGGAUACAUAUAGACACCAAACGCCUGAAACGCGCCUCUGCGGGAGUUUCCACCGACCCUUUUGUUUUUGUUUUUCGGUCUUUAAUGCUCACAAUGUUUUGGCACCACUUCAGUAGUUGUUGUUUACUGGGCCAAAACGACAGUCAGCUGUAUUCAGUUACCGCUCGUCUACAGGGAUUAGAUGGAUAUCUCACACUUCAUCAGUGACGCCACCGAAGCAGAAUUACGACAUUUAUUUCGGCUGUGUUCUGUACACGCAACUGAAUUACACUGUUUACUGUCGGGUCGGGUCAGCCGGGCCGUUACCUUUUUCUGAAGCCAGUCGUGUUAGCCGGGUUUCGUUUUUUUAACAUCAUACUGUCAGACUAAACACUUGGCCAAACACAAUUUGUUUAUUAUACUACAUUGCAUAUAUGCACUGGGGGAAUACUGUCCAUCCUUCAGUUUCUGUGUAAAACGGAGUAAAGCGUGAGUAUUUUUCUUCACUUUGUGAAAGUAUUUGUGUUUUAUUACACGUGAAAGCCGGGGGGCACAGCUGAGUACGACACUGUAUUCUCAGUAUUCAGUAAGUCCAAGUCAGUUUUAUUUGUGUAGCCCAGUAUCACAAAUUACCAAUGUGCCUCGGGGGGGCUUUACAGCAACACAUCCUGUCCUUAGAGGGUGAUUAAAGAUACCUUGAACUGGAAUUACAACUAGUCAUCGACACUUCAUUGGCAGAUAUCCACAGUGUGCAUUGGGGAUAUCUGCAAAUGAACUUUAGAUUUCUGCAAUGAGGAACCCCAUACACACGAAUGGCAAAUGUAAGUUUGAAGCUUACGAGUCAAAAUGUAAUUACAGAUAUCUUGGAUUAG